UAAGCGCCUCUUUAAUAAAUAUGUUAGUUUAUUUCCAAAUACAAGAUUGGAGAUAGAUACAAUAAUAAUAAGUAAAAAAGUAAUAUACAAACGAAAAGAUGUUAAACAAAGUUUGUAAAAACAAGGUGUGAUAAAACAAUCGCUAGUAACAGGUAAUAAAUACGGAAUACCAAAUUUCUAUAUGCAUGCUAACAUUAAUCAGAAGAUACUGAACAAAUAUACACAGGAAACGUCAAACUUUAUUGUAAAAAUACGGAGAAUAAAUCUUCAUACAUAUGUACUAUCAUUUCGUUAAAUGUCAUAUACAUUUAUGUCAAACUAGACAUCGUGUAAAACACUGUGUUAAACACAAGUGUCAAUUUGUUGAUACCAUUUUAGAGAGACGAUUUUAUAGAAUGAACAAAAAUACAAAUAUAGCAAUUUGUAAUAACGACUCAAUUUUAAAUCGAUGUUCAAAUUUCUCAAAUAGAAUUUAUUCUAUUCCCCCUCCCCCUCCCCAAAAAAAGAUGAACAUACAAUGGAAAACACAACCUAUAUGAAAGAUUAUACAAAAUAAUUGUAAUUAUAGUACAAAUUCGUCAAAAUUUGUUGUGAAUUUCUUUACACAAAAUUAACAAGUAUGUUUGGACGACAAAUAUUUUUGGAACUUAUGGAUAAUCAACGCAAUCAAAGACGUAAUGAAUUUAUUCGACAACUUUCUGCAAAUCAAGGACAUGGGAUAUCAUUUAAUGAAUUAGUAAAUAUACCAUCUUUAAGGAACGACGGACUCUUGUUUGAUUUAAAUUUUAUUCUUCUCGAAGAUAAUGACCAUGGCCAGCCGAAUAAUUUAUGUUUCCGAACUAGUACUGAGAAUAUACGUAAUCGAUAUUUAUUGGAAUAUAUCAGACAAAUGAAAGAAAGAUAUCUAAUUAUGGAAAGAGAAUUAACAAGAGUGAAAACAUUAAUCCCUAUAAUAACACGAAAUACCAAUGCCGUACAUCAAUCGUCGCAAACAGAUGUAAAUUGGAAACAUCGUUCCCUUACAAAGUACGGACACUUUUUUGGAACACUUCCAAGAAAUCAGUACAAAAAGAAUCAAGAACAAAUUAGCGUUUCAUCACGAAGGAAACGUCACACUAUGAAAAAAAAUAAAGAUUCAAUUAAUGAAACCUUUGAUGAUCCAGAUUGGAAGAAAUACAGAAAAUCUUCACAGAAUUUACAGAAUGAUAUUUAUCCUAUAAAAGAGCCUGAUAGCAACUCAUUUCAAUCAAGAAUACUAAUUAACAAUUCAACAGCAGUUUGUUCGAUGCACAAUAUUCCUAUGAUACUUCCACAGGAUUCAACUCAAUUGAUUGAUUCGUCGAGAUACAAAACAAUGAAUUCUAAGGCAAAUAAUGAGAUUCAUCAAGCUGUAGAUAAAUGUGAUUCUGAUCAUUCGAAAAUCAUUUUUGGUAAAUCGAGGAAACAUUUCGGUCCCCCUGAAACACGAAAGGCGUCGAUGGAAGUAUGCCAAAGCUUCGACAAGAAACAUGAGCCGGAAACGUCCUACUAUACUGACUUCGAUGUUAAACAUGAAGAUCAUACGCAGACUAAACCUGCUGUAUAUACACCAGAAUUUCGACCUAUAAUGGGAUCAAAGUUUAACAGUGAUAUUUCCGAUCAAUCUACAUUUCAUUGUCAGCAACAAAAUACCAAUUGCGAAGAGAAGUGUAUGUUCAAAAGAACUAAAUUUUUCGAAAAUACGGAUGUUCAUCGAAAAGAUAAUUUUGAUAUUCGUGUUCAAACACCUCAAGGCAAUCGCAGCUAUUGGAACAAUCAUGCGAAGAAGUUAUCGUAUGAAGAAACACAUUGUACAAGCGAUCCAUCCAGACAAUUCACGCGUAUGAUCCAGAGACAGAAAAAAGAAAUACAUAAGAAAAUACCAACUCCACGUAGCAACGUUCAUACCGCUUACACUCCUAUGGUGCAAUCUCCUACGUGGAACCCUUUGUUAGAUCCUAAUAGCUUUACCAUUCAAUUGUUGAGACUUGCGGUAUUACUUUAUGCUCCGGCAUUGAUGCCGGCAUUAAAUUCAUUGAUUGCCCGACAGAAUAUUCAAACGACAAUUCCAAUACCUUGCUCCGAAGGUUCAAACGACUUGUUGACGCAAAUUUUUACAAUUUUGAGCAAUCAGCAAUGUGUCCCAAAUUUACCGUAUGUAGCAAAUCCUCGAAUCAACGAAAACUCUCGACAAUUUCGAGAAUCGACUUCACAUAAUUUAUCGUCGCGAUCAAAUUCGCUUCCUGAGAAUCCUUCGAAGCAACUUGGAGACGAUGCUUGUAGCGUGAAAACUUUUGAAAACAACCAGUUUGAAAAAAAUUCAGUUGCUGUAAAUACCUCUUUAGAAAUAUGUAACUGUAAUAAUAUGAAACAAUCAUCUUCGCGUUGCAGUAAAAAUACUUCACACGAUCAAAUAGAAGAAAAUGAAAGGUUGAUGUAUACAUGGACAAACAGAAAGUCAAAAUCGUCGGAAACAGUGGUAUUAGAAAAAUCAGUGCUACAAUCCAAACAAAAGAAGGAAGAAGUUUCGCAAAAGGAACAAGAAGAUCCUGAAUUCUCUGAAACUCUGUUAAUGCAAGAUGACAUUACCGUUUGGGAUGAUGAAAAUUGGGAUGAUCCAAAAUCUAAGUUUAGAAAUAUUUGGAAAUGUUGAUCAAAUACAAAGUUCACCGUACUACAAUAAAAAUAUCUUUAG